AUGGCGACACAAAAGACAAUGAAGGCCGUCGUAUUCGGCGGCGUUCGCAAGGUCUCCGUCGAGGAUCGUCCCGUGCCUCAGCGUGAGUCCCCCCCCUCAUCCCCGAGCAGUGUGCACGUACAAGACGAGAAGGAUGUCAUUCUCAAAGUACACGCCACUGCCCUCUGCGGAUCCGAACUCCACACGUACCGUGGUCUUGAUCCCCAUGCCGCUGCCGGCUUCAUCAUGGGCCACGAGUUCACGGGCGAGGUAGUCGAGGCAGGCUCUGCGGUCAAGACCCUCGAGGUCGGAGACAAGGUGGUCGUCCCAUUCACCACAUCUUGCGGUGAAUGCUUCUACUGCAAGCUCGGAGCCUCGGCUCGCUGCGCCAACGGCCUGCUUUUCGGCUGCGCCAAGCUCGACGGCGGCCAGGCAGAGUACGUCCGGGUGCCGCUGGCGGACGGCACCGCCGUCAAGGCGCCCGCCGAGGUGGACGACCGCGCGCUGAUCCUCAUGGGCGACAUCUUCCCCACCGGGUUCUUCGGCGCGCGGAACGCCUUCCGGUGGAUCGAGCCGCAGAGGCCCUCGGACGCCACCGUGGUUGUCAUAGGGUGCGGUCCCGUCGGGCUGUGCGCCAUCGUCGCCGCGCUCGAGUACAAGCCCAGGCACCUGUUCGCCGUCGACAGCGUCGAGAGCCGCCUCGAGCUGGCCCGCGGUCUGGGCGCCGAGCCCCUGAACUUCAUGACGGACGCAGAAGGCAUGCGCAGGCGGGUCCUGGAGGUGACCGAGGGGCGGGGGGCCGACGCGGUUGUCGAGGUCGUCGGCCUCACUCCCGCUAUGCGGACGGCAUAUGAUCUCAUCCGGCCGUUUGGCGUCAUCAGCAGUAUCGGCGUCCACCACGGCGAAAUCCCGUUUCAUGGCGAUGACGGAUACAACAAAAAUGUGAGGCUUCUCAUGGGAAGGUGCCCAGUGCGGUCCAUCUUCCCGGACGCCCUCAAAGUGCUGGCCAAGCAACAGCAUCUCUUCAGCUUUAUGUUUGAGAAGAUCACGCCGCUUUCGGACGCUGUAGAGGCGUACGAUCUCUUCGACAAGAUGAAGGUGCAGAAAAUUGUAUUCACACCGUGA